AUGGCGGCUGACGGGCAGUCCUACGAGGAGAAGCCUUCGCUGGUAGCGGAGACAGUUGAAAACCGAGAUAAUAUAACAACAGAUGUAGCGAAAGUCAAAGUCGUGAAAGGCAGUGAAGCUUUCAAUGAAGCUGUCAUCAAAGAACCACUACAUCUGCUGGAUCGAACCACGCUCACUCUCGUAGCGUGCACCCUUCUUGGUUGCUUUUGCCAGACGAUGAACGGCUUCGACGGUUCGCUUUUCGGCGGUCUCACUGCGAACAAAACAUUCCUAAGCUUCUUCCAUGGCACCAACAAUGGAAUAUGGGCUGGCGUUGUUUCCGCUAUGUACCAAAUCGGGGGUGUUUGCGCUCUUCCCUUUGUCGGUCCAUGUAUCGAUACCUGGGGCCGGAGAGCCGGCAUGUUCAUCGGAAGCUUCCUCAUCAUGAUGGGCACGAUCAUCACCGGGACCACAAUCAAUAAUGCUAGCAUUGGCCAAUUCAUGGGCGGACGCUUCUUGCUUGGCUUCGGUGUGAGUAUUGUGUCAUCCGCAGGUCCCAUCUACGUUGUGGAAACAAGCCACCCAGCAUUUCGUGGUGUGGCUACUGCCUACUGCAACACCUUCUGGUUCAUAGGUUCCAUCCUAUCCAGUGGUGCUGUACGGGGAGGUCUCAAUCUCAGUGGAAACAUCUCAUGGCAGUUGCCUACCUGGCUGCAGAUGGUCUUCCCCGGUCUCAUCAGCUUGUUCUGCUUCCUCAUUCCUGAAUCCCCGAGGUGGUUGUACGUUAAUGGUAAAGGGGAGAAGGCAAUGGCUACACUCACCAAGUGGCAUGGCUACGGAAACCCUGAAUCUGCUUGGGUCAAGCUGCAGCUUGCCGAGUAUGAUGAGUACUUAAACAUGAAUGGGUCGGAUAAACGUUGGUGGGAUUACCGUUCCCUGUUCAAUACCAGGGCAAGCCGAUAUCGCAUCGCCUGCAACUGUUGCUUCGUUAUCUUCGCUCAAUGGGCCGGCAACGGUGUCCUGUCCUAUUUCCUCCCUGCCGUCCUCACUACCGCCGGCUACACGGAUUCGAUCACCCAAGCCAAUAUCAACCUUGGCUACGCAUGCUUCCAGUUCGUUUUCGCCCUUGUCGGCGCCGCCUUCGUCGACCGCCUCGGUCGACGCCCGUUGAUGCUGUUCAGCAUGGCAGGCUGCUGCGUCGUCUGGAUCGGUAUGACUGCCGCUACAGGCGUCUUCGCCGAGUCGAACAACACGAACACCUCUGCGGCCAAAGCUACCGUUGCCAUGAUCUUCAUCUUCGGCGCCGUCUUCUCCGUCGGCAUCACGCCCCUCCAAGCUUUGUAUCCCGUCGAGGUUCUCUCAUUCGAGAUGCGUGCGAAGGGAAUGGCCUUCUCGAGCUUGGCUGUCAACGCCGGCGGGCUGCUCAACCAGUUUGCUUGGCCUGUCUCCCUGAAACAGAUUGGCUGGCGCACAUAUAUCGUCUUUGUGAUCUGGUGCGCGGUGCAGUGGGUGGUGUUCUAUUUCUUCUUGCCUGAGACGAAGAAUCGUACGCUCGAGGAGCUUGACACGAUCUUUGAAGCGAGAAAUCCGGUCAAGGCGUCUCUCAAGGUUCACAAGGUCGCUCUGAAUUCAGAAGGAACUGUCUUUGCUUCGGAAGAAGCAUGA